AUGCGCACCGUCGAUGCCGGAGGAUCGUUUCUCAAGACAUUGCAGGGGAUCGACAGCCACUUCAUGGCCGGCUCGUGGAUCCUCUCGCUCGGCCUCCUCUUGGCGUGGUACAACCUCACUCGAUGGCAGCGCAGCCGGCUGGACCAUGAUUCCACUCCGUUCCGUUUCUCCAUCCGGUUCUUCCCCAGCGUCUGGGCCCUGGACUUCUGGGCCGUCUUCAUCUUCUUCAUCGGAGCGAUCAUCGAGGUUAACUCUGUGUACACAGGCAUUCCGGAGGCGAACCUCCAGCACUCAGGAAUAUACUCUGCCUACAUGUUCUUCGCGCUGGUCGGGAUCUGCACGGUGAGGGGCGUGGCCCUUCCUCCCGCCUCCAAAGAGGCAGCCUUCCUCGUCGCAAUAGCACUCGAAUGGAUCUCCAUCAAAAAUCAUCACUUACCUAGCCCUCUUCAUAAUGCGAUGCACAUGUGCUUCCUAUACGGGAUAUCGUUCGGGGUCAUUGGUGUGUUCUCCGUCCUCGUCCAAAACGCCACCGUCCGCCCAGCAUCCCCGCACUUCCCUCCAAUGUCCUGCAGCGUCCUCCCCGGCCUGCUCCUCUGCUUCUCCCUGAUACUGCAGGGGACGUGGAACAUCCAGAUCACAACGAUCGUGCAACAACCGUGGAUCAACGCCUGGAAUUUGAACAGCCCGGAGCACGUCUUGCUCAUCAUGUCCUACUGGUGCUUCCAUGCCAUCUUCGCUGCGGCCCUCCUCUUCGUCCUCGUGCUUGUCACCGAAAGGGUUGUCAAGUGCAAACUGAGGAAGGACAAAACUGCCUUUCAGAUCCAUUCGAGUGCUAUUGCGACGAGGAAGGCUGCCUCUUUGGAGGCGGGAGGAAGGGCCACGCCCCUCACCGUGCAGAUCCCGACCAGCGCGAAGAACAUGUAG